AUGGCCACAGCCGAUGACCACUCUGUCCAGAUCUUGCUCACAAGCAAUACACCCUUGAGUUGUAUCCAGACCAGCUCGGCCAUUCGUCGUGUCGAGAGACUCAGCGCCAACAUCGCGCUGUUCAGGCUGUUCCGCGGGACACCAGUGACCAUCAACGCGGACCGCACCCGUAGCGACAUAGUCCUGGGCCGCGAUGCCACCGCCGCCUCGGGCGCCCUCGCCUUGCCCGAGUUCUCCAUCUCGUAUCCGCUCGUCCUGUCGGCGGCGUACCUCACCAACACAUCGGCGGCACCCUUCCACGUGUCGUGCAACGGCGAGACGCGCGCCGUCGCGCGCGGCCAGCGCCUCGACAUCACAGCCGAGCUCAUGGUGCACUUCCCCGUCGUCGGCAACGCCGAGCCGCCCGCCGUCUUCGUCGUCUGCCCGCGCACCCCCGACCAGGCCCUCGCGCAGCUGAGCGCCUGGCACGACAUGCCGUCCGUCUGGCAGCCGGCGCUGUCGGGCGCGGCAGCGGAGGCGAAGGCGGACAGCGACGACGACGGCGAUGGUGACGCCGAUGACACGGAGAUGGUGGAGGACGAUGAGGAUGCGGAUGGUGACGAUGAGUCGUCAGUAGACUCUGAAGUUACCAGGGCCCGCCAAACACGCAGAAGUAAGACAGCCCAGGCAACAUCUCGCUCUCCGUGUGGGAUUCUAGGAGGGCUGCUUGGAGAUUCUGGAUUCAGAAUUGCGGGCACGAUCGAAGGCCUAGGCAAGAUGGAUGUGGAAAUAGUUCCUAUAGGCCCAGGCGGGAGGCGAAGACGAUGA